AAUCGAUCCAAAGCUUUUCAAGUCCACAACAUCAUCUUUGGCAUUGUGACACAUUUUUAUCGUUUGGGUCAGAUAGACUUUUUCUUCUAUGCAAAGACAAGGAACACCAGUAGAGCUUAUUGGUGAACACUGUAGCUUAAAAGGAUGCAACCAACUAGACUUUCUACCGUAUGUAUGUGAAGUUUGUGGACAAACUUUUUGUGGGGAACAUCGUCUACCUGAAACCCACGACUGCAAACCCAAGCAAGUCACUGAGUACAACACUAGUACUUCUUCUACCACCAAACAACUGCCAACUUGUUCCAAAACCAAUUGUCGCCAUAUAUCGGUUACUCGAUGUAUCCAGUGUAACCUCUCCUUUUGUGCAACUCAUAGAAAUCCAGACCAGCAUCGUUGUAUCAAGAAGGAACCUGAAAAAAGUAAAAAGUUGGAAAAACCCAAAUCCAAUAUAUUGGAAAAGUUGGCCAACAAGUUUCAAAACCAUUGGAAAACAGAAAAGUCGAAAACAGCGACAAGGGUCUUUCAUAUGAAACAAAAGACCAAAGCAAUAGGAAACCCUGAAAUACCUAUGGAAGACAGAGUUUAUUUAUAUGUCUCUGUGGAUACUCAACUCAAAGAGUCGUCACCUUUAUCGUUGUAUUAUUCCAAGAACAUGACUAUGGGUCAAGUAUUGGAUAAAGUAUGCGAAAUGAUUGGAAUAAUCAAUAGGAACCAUGAAAAUAAGACAAAAAGACUUGUCUUGUUGGAUGACCAUUCACAUAAACCGAUUGCCUCAUCUAGUUUGCUUUCUGAAUGGAAAGAACCUGGAAUGUUGUCUUUGACUCUCACGGAACAGGAUACUUCUCAACAUAUGUGACGUUAAAAGUAAUCGGUUGAGUCAUUGAAGAGAGAAGACUUGAGUUCUCCAUGAGAAGAAGGUGGCCUUACUAUGACUUUACGUACGGAACGAAUUUCCACAUCGGCAGGACUUUUUACUUUUGUUAUUUGUUCAUGUGGAACUCUCUCUCUUUGUCUCCAUUUGUGAAAGUUUUUGUUGGGCAGGUCGAAGUUUCGAGGAAGAUAUCGUUCUAUUCGAAUAUCUUUUUGUCCCUGUGGAAAAUGAAGUUUUGCCUCAUGAG